UCACCAGGUGCCUGGGACCAUCUGGGACCUCCCCUGAUCUCACCCCACCCCCAACACACCUACAUCAGGGUGAAGGGUGGGCAGUUGGCCCAGGAGCCAGCUGAGGGCUCACCCUAGCUGGGCAUUCCCAGCUGCGGCCGGAGUCUGGCUCUUUGGCACCUCUGACCUGGCUCAAUGGGGAGGGGGAAGAAUCCAGCCCUGAGAGCUCUGCCUGAGCGCUGCUGGUUUCUUGUGCAGCCGUCAUGUACACCAAGACAGGGGCAGUGUUGACCAUGCUGAGCAAGACGCAGAAGGAUGCCAGCUGCAGAGAAAAUCCGGCCCAUGUUGCUAAGGUGCAGGAUCUCCACGCGGCUCUUUCCUACACACUGAGCCCACCCCGGGGCUGGGCGGCUAAGUGAUGGGACGAGAGACAUCCUACACCUACUGGCUACACAGCACACCAAGGCUGCGGUCAGCAUCCUCCUACAGAUGCCCUGGCCUUACAAACGCCACAUCAAGGCCAUCUGGAGAUUCCUAGGUGCAGACCUCACGCUGACCAGGGAGGUACUGCACAUCCUGCGGGAUGACAGCCCAGAGAAGGGCCAGGCUAAUGCUAGCCAGACCCAGGACAGGAGCUGCCCCCAGCCAGCCUGGCUGCUCCCGGCGACCACACGCGGCCUGUGGGAGCUGAUCGGGGCCCCGGGGCAAGCAGACACACUGGAUGGACACGAGGACGACCUGUUCGCCUCUUGCUUCCUCACCAUCGCCUGCCCCCGGCACAGCACCUCUCGGGAGUCCAGCAGGACCUGCCCAGUGACGCCAGUCCGUGCAGUUCCUCGGCAGCCCCCUGCUGAUGGAGAAGGAGCCCAAGGUGAUGUGGAAGCAGGUUGUGAAGGCCAUGCUGCAGCAGACAGAGGACAGCAACAUCCACAUUCGAGGCAGAGCGCUGCACGGCCUCAGGAACGCAGUGACCAAGUUCCCAGACAAGGAGAACAGCGGCCUGAGGCGGGCCUCCAUGCUUUGGCCACCUCAGCAAAUUUGUUUCCAAUAAGUCAUCCCUGUUUAGGGCUGAGGGGGAGAAGAGCAUGGGGAUGCUGCUCAUCCACCUACAGGACGGAGACCCCCAGAUGGUCCAGGCAUGCAGGUGGCAUUGCUGCGCUGUGCACCCUUCCUCGGCUACCAGCCCCUACGCCCGCUCGUGCAGAGCCAGCUGGCCAAGGGGGCGGGCCCCACCAUCCCCACCUUCCUGAGCGAAGCCUGCAGGACCCUGCUCCAGGACUGCCCGGGGAGGCUGAGCAAGAAGGCUGCCCUGAGAGCAGCAGCUGCCCAGCAGCUGAUAGGAUACAUGAUGGACAAUUGAAGCCAGAGAAGAGCAGGAGGCUUGGACCGCCCGCCCUGCUAGGCUGUUGGAGAGAGAUCUGUCCCAGACCAGUUCUCUUCUAGUAAUAGAGGUACCGUUGGGGCUUGAGUUAGCAGCAGAAGCGAUCCUGGACCAAGCUGAUAAUUUACAAAGAGGGAUUUCAGCUGCUGGGGACUACCCCAAGAGGAGAUUUGACCAAUCGGAGAGGAAUUCGGGGGCGGGAUGACCCAUCCAGAAGUGUUUUGUGUGACCCUUCUAAGAACUCCUCCCAUUGCCCUCUACCAAUCGCAAUGGGUUUUGGCUGCAUAGGACUUCCCCGAGAGCAGAUUUUACCAAAAUAAGGCAGGUUCUGGGACGGGGUGAACCGCCCAAAAGAGGUUGUGUGACUCCUCUAAGAACUCCUCCCAGCGCCCUCUGCCAAUCAGAGCUCAGUGCCAUCACCCUGUAAGUUCCAGGGCAGAAGAGGCCAUCUUUUACCAAGAAUGCAUGUUUUAGAAAUUGUGGAAACAUGGACUCCUUCACCACCCUCAUGAGAACUUCAGACUUUGUUUUAGUCCCAAGCACCUUUGGACUUGUGUGGAGAAAGCGCUCCAUCAGCAACAGUUCCAACGAGGGCCCUUUGACUCAACCAUUGAUGGAUACGCAGGAACCCGACCAUGAAACCCAAACCCUCCUGAGGUACCAUGAUGAGUGUGACGGCCUCUCAUUGUCCACCCCCCUAGAGGUGGAAGGCGAUCAUGGAUUGGAGGAGUCACCGGCGGACAAGGUGAACGGAAAAGACGUCACUCAGCAGCUCAACAUUGCCUUUCUACAGGCCUCCCUGUGGGAGGAAGUAUAUCGUGCAUCAGCUGUUUUGCUCAUGUCUGAGACACAGAUCUCAAGAGGAAAAUAUGGAAAAGGACAAAAUGGAAGAAUGAACCAGCUCAGACUCCAUUUUUACAGGCAGCUGUAAAAGGUUGUGUUAAACCAGGAAAU